UUUCCCAUUCGUGGAGCUGGGAUGGGCGGGCCAGCACGUGAUGCAUCCGGCCUGCGGGCUGCCAGUUUGACACCCUUGUUCUAGAUACUCAUAGAUUUCAGAAUGAAAGAAACAUCCUACAUGGCCUUAGUAAGAGACAAAUGGUAGUUCAAAGAAAUAUAUAUUUUACCUCAAAGUAGAAGAAACUACACCUACAGUAUGACCCAGCCUAGAAAAAUAGAAAGCUACCGUAAUUAAAACCAGAAAAAAUGAUUACUGCAAAUUCUGAGCUGCUUUUCCAAUUCCUAAAAUCACAUAUUGUCAUUUACAUUAUUUGAUCCAUGUUGUUCUAAUACAUUAGAAUGUGAAAAAUAAAAUGCACUAUCCAAUCAUAUGACUAAAAUACCUUUUGAAUAUUAAUUCUUGAUAUCUACUGUUUUAUUGAUGACUUGGCAGCAGAUGAUGACUAUAUAACAUAUCUAACAUGUAUGCAGCAACAAGCUGGGACUAAAAAUUAUAAAUUCAUAACAAAUUCAGCAUAUGACUUUCUGCAGAUAUGUUGCCAGAUACUAAUCAGGGCAGGUCUAUAGUCAGAGUGAGAUCUUCAGCCACUCUGGGCAACCAUACUAUGGACACUGAAUUUUCUCAUAUGGUUUAAUGAUAUUAUUUCUUUCUUGAUUGAUUCCUGAAAUAGCACCAGAUAACAGUAAGAAAUAGCACAACCAACCAACAGAGUUCCUAAUCAAGGAACUAUCAAAGAAGAAAUUCAUAUCUCAGACAAGCCUCAUAAGGCAAACUACCAUACGGGUAGUCCUUGACUUAUAGCCAUUUAUCUAAUGAUCCAUCAAAGUUACAAUGGAACUGUAAAAAGUGACGAUCAUUUUUCACACCAUUGCAGCAUCCCAAUGGUCUUGUGAACAAAAUUCAAACACUUGGCAACUGGCAUGAAUUUAUGAUGGUUGCAGUGUCCUGGGGUCAUGUGAUUGCCUGUUGUGACCUUCUGACAAAGUCAAUGGGGAAGCCAGAUUCACUUAACACUCAUGUUACUAACCUAACAACUAUAGUGAUUCACAAGAAAGGUCAUAAAAUAGGACAAAACUCACUUAACUGUCUAUAACUGUCUACAAUAAUUCUCAGAUUUCAUUUACUUUCCAGGCGUAAACAUUUGGGGGAACAGCCAGGGCUUCAGUGCUUUACUAAAACCUAACCAGGUUAGGACCAGCAGAUUUCCAGAGGGAGGGGGGGUUUCACAAUUUUUUUUAAAAUUUUUCUUUUAGUAUUAGGAUACCUGAUGGGGCUUCUGUGACUUUUUUUUUUUUUACCUAUCACAUAAUUUAAGAUGAUUUUCUUUAAAAUAAAACAAUAUUUAACUUCUCCAUACUUUACUUUUCCUCCUAUCAAAGAUCUGGUGUGUUUUGCUUAAAUAUUGAAACAGGUUUAAGUUAACAGCUGAAUUUUAUAAUUUAACAAUUGGGGAAGGGGAAGAAGAUUAAAACCAAUCAUGUUUAUUUCUCAUUCUUACAGCCCAAGGGAAAGCCUUGGUACAACCUGAAACUAUCUCAGCAGUUGAUAAAACUUAAUUAAAUGUUUCUACUAUCUCCCAUUUUUGUUCUCACAGCCUUAAUAUUGGUUAUUGUUUUCUUUCUCCCCCAUUUCUCUUUUUUGCUUUGCUUGAGAGUUUAAUCCUACUUAUCUCGUCACACUGUCAAAAAGAUCAAAAGAUCCUCAUUUUGACUUAGUAUUAACUGAAUUCUGCUAUUAAGGGUUUUAUUAAGCGUGCUGUCUUAGCACAUUAUGUGAACUAAGUCACUGGAUUUAUAACCCUGAGUUGGCAUAAUAAAAUUGUUACAGUAAUAUAGAGGUUUUUUGCAUUCAUUUUAAUACAAUAUGAUUAUUACAUUUUGAAAUGAUACAUAUUGUCUUCACUUACCUCCCUCUAUGAUUGAGCAAAGUUUGUCAUUAUUAUGUCCAUAUUCUUUCUGAUUUUCAUCAACUGCAUAUUUUAAAAUGGAUUUUAAAAUAUGCAGUUCAGUUUCUUUCUGAAACACCUUUUUCUAUAAUAAUUUCACUUACUAAUUAUUCAACCAAUACUAUUUCAGCUUUUUUGUUAUGAAAAACACAAAAUGGGAACAUUUAGAUAGAAAGGUCCUGGAUUACACUGACUAGUGUUUUUCAUUAAAAAAAGGUACUGUAAAAUUCACACUUUGAUUAUUUACAGAAGAAAAGGUUGAAUUCAGCAUGACUCUGCCCAUGAAACGAUGAGGAAACUAUAUAUUUUCACAAUUCCAUCUUGAUGGCAAGCUUGGCAUGAUAUCUCACAUUUUGGAUAUUUCCAUAGUAUUACCUUGUAAGAAUUAUUUGUAGCUUUCCCCUUGCCUUACAAUGAACAGACCCAAAAGUAGUUCCGGCUUCUUGGCGGAAUAGUUUUGAGGUUUGUUAUUUUCCUCUAUAGCAUCAGUGGUUACCAUGGAGACUAAUGUGUUCAGCAAAGAAUGAAGGCUGCGAAGGCUUCCUUCCUUGCUGUUCAGUUCAUUUGUUGACUUGAAAGAAUAAGACAGUGAAAGCUUGGAGCUUUGAGAAAUAAUACAGAGGGAGUGAAGUACCGGUCUCAAGAUUAACUUCUUAAUUAUUAUAUGAAUGUGAAUGAAUAUUCACAUUCAAAUGAAUGUGAAUAUUCUGCUGUGAAGUGCCCUACAGUAGGAAGAAUAAUUACUAAUAACUGAAUUAAUUUCAGAUAUAGUGGUCCUGUAGAAGUGAAAAAUCUAAAAUCAUUUGAAGAUGGAAUUAGGGCCACCAGAUGUGAUGGAGCGCAAAGGAGCGCUGACGUUGCGCUCCAAUUCAGCAUAUUAUGGGAGACCCACUCUUGUGUCUGGCUGGUUCCAGAAUAGAGAUGCUGAACCUAAGGAUUAUGAUAUACAUAAAAUUCCUUUGGGUUCUAAAAACUUAUGUCAGUCUACUUACUGGAGAUUUGGAACCACGGAUCAAAAAUGGAUAACAACAUAUCAAGAUUACCUAUCAUCUCCCUGUAGCAAAAAAGAAUAUAAAGAACUAGAGAUUUUGAAACCUUUGCUAGAUGAAGAUGGCUUUCACACAAUUGUUGUUGACAGGGAAACAGAGCUACCUGAAACAGGUUUUGGUGCUGUAUUACCACGCCACCCACCAGAGAAGUUUAAAAUGUUUAUGGAUACAACAUACCGAUUAGACUAUGUUCCACCAUAUGACUAUAUACCAUAUGUUACACCUGAUACGAGCGGGUACUCUGUAGUACAUAGAAAAUGUCAUUCCCAGUUUACCGACACAGCAGAUUAUAGGAGACAUGGGAUCAACACAUGGCAAGAUGAAAGUGGAGUUUAUGCUAAUGCAGAUCUAAAGCAGAAAGUAUUUCCUGUAACUAAUCCUAUACCAAUAAAUCUGGAAGACGCUAAUUCUUAAGCAUUAGCAAUGAUGCUACAAAUUAAAGGAUAUUCAUAUAUAUAUAUAUUAACGUCUGUCAGUAGAAUUAUUCUUUUCAACAGCACUGCAACUUUCAUAAUAUUUAGUUAAAAGCCUGGGAGAACAAAUUUGUACAAUAGAAUCUUAAAUUGAAACUGUAUUAUUUUUGCCUCCAAUCUGAUUUUAAAAAUACUGCAAAUACCAACAACUUCACCCUUCUCUGUAACUGGAACUAAGGACAAGUUGUGAGACUUUUCAGCAUACAUCUCAGAGCAGAAAUUCUUUCCUAUUUUCUGUACAAGGAUAUAAACAGUUUUAUUUCUAGCAUAAGUAUUUGGACAAAUUAUUUGCAAAAGAAAACCUUGGAAUGCAGUGCCUAAAAGAACCUAAUUAUUAAUCAGCUGACUCAGGAGUAAAAGUUUAAGCAAAGAUUAUAUUACAAAGACUCUCAAGUAAGUAUUGGAAUUCCUUUUGAAAAAUUCCUUUUGAUGUUAAUCCAAAGUCUAUUAAUGAAACACUUAAUUGUUUUAGCUUCCUUAAAUAAAUCCUUGUGAUGGUA